AUGGCGAGGGGUUGGUGGUUGUUCAGGUGUCCGGCGGCGGCGGCGGUGGUAGUUCUGGCGCUGAGCGUCUUCCGGGCGGCGGCGGAUGAAGAGAUGUUUUGCAUUUACGCCCUUUCCGAGUUGAUAUCCUGCAACGACUACCUGGAGGGGAAGGCUCCCAAGCCGAGCGCCGAGUGCUGCGCCGCCGUGAAAUCAGUGGACGAACUGGCGGCGGUGUCGCCGGCGAACCGACACGACUUGUGCGUGUGUUUCCGUGAGCCUGGCGGCGGCGGCGGCGAUUCUCUCCCGGAUAUGAAGUCGCCCAAGGCUCAGCAACUACUCACGCUCUGCCAUGCUUCGGAGAAGAUCAAAUUCGGCCCUAAAUUCGAUUGCGAACAUUUAAUCUUCUGA